ACCUUUCUCUCGUCGUGACCGAAACAUAUGUUUUUUUUUUUUUUUUGUUAAAUCGUCAAUGGCGCACUCCACGCAUUGAGUUUGGCCAAAAUAUAAUUUUUUUUUUUUUAAUUGAAUAAUUUUUUAUUGAACAAUAUUAUUCAGCUAAUUUAUUUUAAUUAUUUUUAUAUUGUUUUUUUUUUUUUAAAGUGUAUGUACGGUUUAUCGCGAUCACUCUUGAUUUCAAUUUUUAAAUUUAAAUCGUUUCGCGCUCAUCAUCAUCAACUGCAGUUACAGUAUUUAUUUGAAUUUUUUUUUAAAAAUCACACUGAAAGUGUUUUUAUAUUAAGUGAAUAUUAAUAUAUAAAUUUUCUUUUUUUUUUUUUUUUUUUUAUCGUUCGGUUGAGUCGAAAAGAAAAUUUUUUUAUCUUUUUUGUGUGAAUAUAUAUAUGAUUUUUUUUUUUUUACUCUUGAUAGAAACGGCUCGUGAUUAAAGUUUCACCUGUUUACUGCACGCGUGCUUCUUCAAUGUUUACAUUUCAAGAGUGACGUUAUUUUAUUUUACAAAUAAAAAAGUAAAAUUUCGGUCGUAAAAAUACUUUUUUUAUAAAAAAAAAUUAAUAUUUAUUAAUUUAAUAAGAAAAUUGUAAAUUUAAUUAAUAAAAUAUUAAUAUUCAUUGUGAUAUAUUAUCAAAAGUGUGUGAAGAUAUUUGAAAAAAAAAAAAAUAAAUAAUACAAGAUGCUACUUGUUGGCAAUUUGUUGAUGAUACUGGCGGUUUUCUCCCGAGUGGAAUGUCAAAGAAAUACACCAAGAACAGCACGUGCCAGUAGAAAUGAAGCAGCAUUAGAAUUUGAAUGUCCAGAAGAAUUUGGGUAUUAUUCACAUCCACGUGAUUGUACACAAUAUUAUGUAUGUGUAUUUGGUGGUGCAUUACUUGAAUCAUGUACAGGUGGAUUGAUGUACAGUCAUGAAUUGCAAACAUGUGAUUGGCCACGAAAUGUUGGAUGUAUUGACAAUGGAUCAUCUGUUAAAGAUACUGGUGAUGAUGAUCCACUUCUUGAAAGGUCUGCAAAAGCAGAGUCUCAGCAACGUGGAUCACAACGUGGUCCAAGUCAACGUUCACAGGUAACAUCAUCAUCACCAUCUUCCUCAAUAUCAUCCCAAAUAACUGAUCGUCAAUCACGUAAUCGUCAACAGCCACAAUUACAACGUACAACAUACCAGGAUGAUGAGUACGAGCCAGCAAGUGAAAUUGAAAGUGAUCGUCAACAACGUGUACAUCGUGGACAACAAUCAAUUAUUGGACAAGUACAACGUGAUCGAGAUGGACUCAGGAGGAACAUCAUAUCCGUAAGUUCAACGCAUUCAUCGCAACCACUUCAUUAUGAUUACAUCACGUCACCAUCGUCUGAUGUCUCAUAUGGAAAUAAUAUUGUCGAAGAUAACGAUAAACGCGCGAGUUCGACAACGACUAGUACUACGACAAUUAUGACGACAACGACAAAUACAAUUCCUCCACCUUCAUCAUCAUCAUCAUCAUCAUCAACACCAACACCACCAUCUCCAUCAACAACAACAUCAUCAUCGUCAAAUAGUGUUAAAUACAAUCAACAACAAUCAUAUUUAUUUGAUGACACUGAUUAUGAAUUUCAUGAUGCCACAAAACGUAAUUUUAUUAUUGUUAGCUCACCAUCACCAUUUAAAUUACCACAAAAAUAUAAUUAUGAUACAACAAUUGUGCCAGAAUUAACAACAAUUAUUCCAGAUAUUAAACAAAAUAAUGAAAUUAAAAUUGAUCGUUUUUAUGAUAUUAAUAAUGAUGAUGAUGAUGAUAAACCAAUGACAACAACAACAACAUCAGCAACAACAACAAUUGCUGAUGAUUUAGAACAACAAAAUGAAAUAUUAAUUACAUCAAAAAAAAAUACUAAUAAUAAUAUUGAUGGUGAGCAUAAUGAUAAUGGUAUUAAUUUAUUAAAAAAUCAAUCAAAAAAUCGUCAUAGAAUUAAAACAAGAAUUGGACAAAGAGGACGUGAAAGAUAUCAUCAUACAGAUAAUAGCUAUGAAAAUAAAGAAUGGUCAUCAGUAACAAUGAAAACAAUUAUUCGUAAAAGACCAAUUAAUAAUUAUGAUCAAAUUGGUAAAGAUACAUUUGGUACAAGUAUAAGUAUACCAUUACGUAUGUCAACACCACAAAUAAAUCAACAAAAAAAAUAUUAUAUUAAUUCACGUAAAUUAAUACAAGAUUCAUUUGAUUUAAAUGAUAUACCAACAACAUUAAGUCCAUAUAAACGUGCACUUAUUGUUGCACAAUUACAAGAUCAAAAUGAAGUUGAAAAAAAUGAAAUAUUAGCAACACCAUUUAUGAAAAAUCAUCGUUUUGUAACAACACAAAGUUCAAUUGAUAAAUUUAUUGAAAUAACAACAUUGCCAAGUUUUAAAAAAAAUUAUAUAAAAAGUGAUAAAAAUAUUGAAACAACAGUACCAACAACAACUACUACUACAACAACAAUUAAGCCAGAAAUUUCAUCUCAACAACAACAACAACAACAACAACUGAAUGAACAAGUGGAUAUAAAUGAAAUAACUCCAACAGCAAGUCGACGAUUAGAUUCAGAGCCAACAACAACAACAAAAACAACAAGCAUCAAUAGUAGUACAACUCGUAAUCAAUUCAACUUUUUGGGUGUCCAGUUUCCACGUCAACGACAUCGUGAAACAACCAGACGGAUUUCGACACUCGAAAGAGAAAAAGAUAGUGUUGCAAAUACUCGUGCACAAGUGGAUAACCAUUACAGAUCAAUUUCAUCAGAAAAUCCAAGAAUUGUAAAGACGACUAUUCCAACUCCAACAACACCAGUUAUUUCUAAAGCUUAUUUUGAUCCAGAGAGUUAUCCAUAUUACACACUUUAUGAUGACGAUGUGUCAAUUUACAAAGAUGAUGAUUACAGAGAAUAUUCAGUUAAUCAAUCAGUUUCACUUCCACCACCACCACCACCUCAACAAAAUGUUAGAAUAGCACAAGUAACACCAAAUUCAAAUGCUUAUUCUCAACCACAACAAAAAAAUCAACAAGUUACUGAAUCUUACUAUGACAUUUAUGAAAAUCAAGGACAACUUAAUAAAAAUAAAUUUCAUAUUAAUGAUGGCCAACAAUCAUUUAGAACAAAUGGACUUCAUAAUCAUCAAAUUGUUUUGACAACACCCAAUGCAAUUACUGAUACAUAUGAACCAUUGACACAAACAAUACCACCAACAACAACACCAACAACAACCACAACAACAACAACAACAACAACUACUGAACGUCCAUAUACUGUGACUCAACAAAGCCGUAGCAAACCUCAGGUCAACCGAGGAACCGCACCUCCACGUCAACGACCCACCUUGAAACCAUCGAUGGAAAUUGUAUCCAAGGCUCAGGAGUUUGCUGAUAUCUAUCGACAUCCAGCAGUUAGACCAGCACCAAUUUAUCCAACUCCAACUGUCGACAAACCAGCAGCUAAAUGUCGCAAGGACGUUUGUCUACUUCCUGACUGUAGCUGUGGGGGUUCAGAUAUUCCCGGUGACUUUGGACCAGAGGAAACACCACAAAUUGUACUGCUUACAUUUGAUGACUCGGUAAAUGAUUUGAACAAAGGCUUGUAUGCUGAUUUAUUUGAGAAAGGACGUAAAAAUCCAAAUGGAUGUCCAAUCUCAUCAACAUUUUAUGUAUCACAUGAAUGGACUGACUACAGCCAAGUACAAAAUCUUUAUGCAAGUGGUCAUGAAAUUGCUUCUCAUACUGUAUCACAUAGUUUUGGUGAACAAUUUUCGGCAAGAAAAUGGGCAAGAGAAGUAUCUGGACAACGUGAAAUUCUUGCUGCUUAUGGUGGUGUUAAAUUGGAAGAUGUCAGAGGAAUGAGAGCACCAUUCUUAUCUGUUGGAGGUAAUAAUAUGUUUAAAAUGUUAUGGGAUGCAAAUUUUACUUAUGAUUCAUCAAUGCCAAUAUAUGAAAAUCGUCCACCAAGUUGGCCAUAUACACUUGAUUAUAAAUUAUUUCAUGAUUGUAUGAUACCACCAUGUCCAACAAGAUCAUAUCCUGGUCUUUGGGAAGUACCAAUGGUUAUGUGGCAAGAUUUAAAUGGUGGAAGAUGUUCAAUGGGUGAUGCUUGUAGUAAUCCACCAACAUCUGAUGGAGUUUAUAAAAUGCUUAUUAAAAAUUUUGAAAGACAUUAUACAACAAGCAGAGCACCAUUUGGAUUAUUUUAUCAUGCAGCUUGGUUUACUCAACCUCAUCACAAAGAAGGAUUUAUAUCAUUUCUUGAUACAAUUGUUGCCAUGGAUGAUGUUUGGGUUGUUACUAAUUGGCAAGCUCUUCAAUGGAUUAGAAAUCCAACACCAUUACAGCAUCUAAAUUCAUUUGAGCCAUUUGGUUGCAAUUAUCCAGACAGACCCAAGAGAUGUAACAAUGGAAAAGUUUGUAAUCUUUGGCACAAAAGUGGAGUUAGAUAUAUGAAAACAUGCCAACCUUGUCCUGAAAUAUAUCCAUGGACAGGAAAAACUGGAAUACCCAGCAGUCGUAUUGACAAUGAAAUUGAAAAUUAAAUUAUUAUUAUUUUCGUAUAUAUAUUUUAUAAUAUUUAAAUUAAAUCAUCAUAUGACAAAUUAUAAAAGAAAAAUUACUAGAUAUUUUUUUGUACAAAGAAUCUUGAGAGAUUAAUUGAUUUUUUUUUUUGAUUAUUCAACAAGUAGAUGAUUAUGUUCAAUGAAAUUACCAUGAGAAAUCGUGUCAUUCGUAUAUAUUAAUAAAUGUAUUUGUCAUGGAUGUUAUGAGCCGAGUGCGUCAAUGCACAUGAUGUUGAAAAAAAAAAGAAAAAAAAAAAAGAAAAAAACCUUGCUUUCCCUACUUUGAGAUGAGAUUUUAAUGUUUCUUUUUUUUUUUAUAAAAAAAAAGAUAUAUCUCGGUAUAUUUCAAAGAAAACAAAUAUCGCAAUUUUUUUAUUUUCAAUUUAUUAUUAAUAUAUGAUGAUAAAAAAUUAUUUCGAAAAGAGAAAAUUUUAAAUAUGCUUUUUUAAGAUAUAUCAUGGUAUAUUUAUUUGAUGAAAAUAAUUAAUUGUUUUUAUGGUGAUGGAUAAAUACACCUCAAAGUUUUAAAAGCGUUUUUUUCUAUUUUUUUUUUUUUUUUGACGUACUUGGCAAGUUCAUAGAUUAAUUACAGUUGUCAAUAUUAAUUUUGGCUUUUUAUUUCGAUUCGAAAUUAAUAUUGACAAGUAGAAAUGUAAAUUAGUUAAAUAAAAAAAAAAAUAUUUUCAUAUGAAAAAUUAAUAAUAACAUGUAGAAAAUAAGAGAGUAAUUAAUAAAAUAAUUAGUGUCAAGUUAAUUAUUAAAAUUAAUAAAUAAAUGAAUAAUAAUUUUCUGAAAAAAAUAGAAAUAUAGAUGAAAAAUUAGUAGAGUUAGAAAAAAAUAAAAGCCAUUAAUAUAAUUUUGGUUUUUAGAUAAAUAUAUAAUUUAUAUAUAUUUGUUUUUUUAUUAUUUUUAAUUUUUUAUUAAAUACACAAACCACAUGACUAUCAAAAAUUCAAAAAUCAAUUUUAAAUAUAUUCACUUUCAUUUUUUCGUUUUUAUUAUUACUAUUUUAUUUAUUCUUAUAAAAAUUAUUAGUAUAAUUUUUUGCUUUUUAUUUUUUUUCAAUUAAUCAAAAUGGUUUUUGAAUUUUUAUGUUUUAUUAAUUAUUACAAUUAUUACAAUUUCAUGAUUAUUAUUAUUAAUUACGUGCAUUAAUUACAACGUGCAUUUACAAUUAUAUAAAACAAAUCGACGUUGUUUUUUUUUAUUUUCAAUUAAUUAUUAUUAUUAAUAUUAUUAUAACUCAAUUACGAGCAAUAGAAAAAAAUUAAACUUGAUGAUAAUCAAGUUAUAAGUAUUCAGAUUAAUGUAUUAAUUAGCUGCUCAAUAUUAAUUGAAAAAAAAAAAAAAAUUAUUUGUUUAAUUUUGAAGUAAAUAUAUCAACGCAAGAUAUACACAAAUAAUUAUUAUAAAAAUUUAUACAUUAUUAUAUUUUUAUCAAUUAUUUUUAUGCGAAAAAUAAUUGAAAAAAAAUUUACAUUAAUUUCUUGAUAAAAUGAAAAAAUGUAUUUAUCAUAUAAAAUUGAAAAAAUACAGUUGUAUUUUUUUUUUCGUUUUUUCUUAAUUAUUCAUUUAGAAAAAUAUCGCCUGAUCGGUCAUCUCUAUUAAUGUUUUUUCGCCUUAUUAUAAUUAUAUAUAAUUUUAUAAUUUUUUUUUUUUUUUUUUUUUGCAUUUAUAUUUAUGUAUAAUUUAUAUGUUUUUUCGUUUUUUAGAUAUACUUUUCUUCUGCUUAUAAUAUUAAGAGAAUAAGAGUAAAAAAAAAAACAAAAAAAAAAAAAAAUUUGCGUCACCAUUUGUUGGCUAAAUUGAGAGUAGAAAUAAAAAACCAUCCCACAUUUCCAAAAUGAAUCACCAACAAAUAAAUGCGCUUGCGUAAUAGCACCCUUGUUCACACCCCCUGCAUGGAAUGAAAAAAAAAAAAAAAAAAAAUACCCUCG